CAGUUUCAAAUUUUGUGUAUAUUAUCGGACCUAAUAAAUUUUGGUAAUUGUCAUCUACUUAUAAUGCCGAGGCCAUUGGAAUCGCCAAGACCUGAAUCUGACGCAACAGAAACGCAGAUCGCCCAAUUGUUAAAAGAAGCUGACCGGCUAAUUCAGUCUAUAAAUACCUCUUUCGACUUAUCAGCCCUUAUGGCUGUUAAUAUGAGAGGCUUUGAAGCCUCAGUGGCGGUCGCAGAGAUGCCUAAAAUCAGUUACGAUUUCGGCGAUAUCUCGUCAUCGACGAUGAACACGGCAUCGAUCAGUUCUUCGCCUGCCCCCAUGAUUUUUGAUGACUCGCGCAUAGAUGCAGAGAUUGAACUAAUACAUCUUUGCUGUAAAAAUAUAGAUAGGAAUUUAUCGAGCAUAGGCUUAAGUCCAGCCAGAAUGCCGGCACUAGGUACUAGUAGGGGUAUCAGUAUCAGCGACAAUAAUGACGUUGGCAAGGAUCCUUCUUCAGGAAGAGAUAUUGAUGCAGCCCACGUGGCAGACCUGCAUACGAGUAUACCUGAUUGGCAUGCUACAGCGGAAAAUUCAUUAACUACUAACCGCCGUAGUCGGAAAAUGCACACAUUUGGAGACUCAGUCACACAGCAGACACUCCGCAUUGUAGGUGAAGCUAGUAGGUCCUGCAAUAAAAGUGGGACGCCUACUGCUACGUCAUCAAAGCGGCAUCGCUCCGCUUUUAAGGAGGACUCCUACAAGUGUCCGGUAUGCUGGGAGUCCGUCAGGCAACGCGAGCCCGUAUCUACAAAGUGUGGGCACGUUUUCUGCAACACAUGCAUACAAUCGGUGCUGCGGCUAACUCACAAGUGUCCAAUGUGCAACAAGAAGAUGAGUUCACGCCAAACAUUCCGUAUUUAUAUUUAAGGUAAAAGCGAUGGAGUUCGAAAACAGAGUGUGCAUGCUUCAUUCAACAAUAUCCAUUUCCUUCCAUUUGGAAUUUCUUAAAUUAAGUAUGCCGUUCCAUUUCGAUUCAUAAUUUAUAUCUAAAUUGGUACGUGGUUAUAUAAUAAAUAAAGAAGUAUUUACAGCAA